ACCUUUUCUAUGGUAUGUUUAGGUCAAAAAUUCGGGCUCAAGAGCAAAUGAAGAAAUUCGUAGCAGAUCUCCUAACAAGGAAGAGAUAUCCAGGAGCAGAAAAGACAACACAGAAGCCUUAAGAGAUCACAGCGUUGAAGCAAAUCCUAAAGAGGUUGAAGAGGAAGAAAGACAGAUGCCUAAAAGAAAAAGAAAGAAGCAUUAUCCCUCUUCAGAUGAUGAACUGGAUGAUAAUCCAGAUGUCCUAGAUUCCAAAAUAGAAACAGCACAGAGGCAGUGUUCUGAAACUGAACCACAAGAUACAAAGGAGGAGAACACUGGAGAUUUGGAAGAAUUCUCUAAAACAAGUUCUAAGACAAACAGCACUGCUUCAAGGGCCAUGGACGAAAAGGACGAAUACAGCAGUGGUGAAGCUGCUGGCGAAAAGACCGAGCAGAAUGACGAUGACAACAUGAAAUCUCAGGAGGAAGAUCAGCCAGUAAUUAUUAAAAGGAAAAGAGGAAGACCUCGUAAACACCCCUUAGAAACAACGUUAAAAACAAAAGAAGACUGCAAAACGGAUACUAGCAUUGUCACUGUAGAACAGUCUCCACCUGGUGGCAAACCAAAAUUAACACAGACAGAUGAGUCCAAUAAAGAAACCACUACCCUACAAGAAAGAAGUAUAAGCAACGAUGAUGGUGAAGAAAAAACAGUAGCAAGUGUGCGGCGGAGAGGAAGAAAGCCCAAGCGUUCACUCACUCUGUCAGAUGAUGCUGAAUCUUCAGAGCCGGAAAGAAAACGCCAGAAAUCAGUUUCUGAAGCCACUGAGGACAAGAAAGACCAGGAGUCUGAGGAGGAAGAGGAAGAGGAGGAAGAGGAGGAGCCCUCGGGAGCCACUACAAGGUCCACCACCAGAUCAGAGGCUCAGAGAAAGCAUCAUAGCAAGCCAUCAGCAUGUGCAGCAUCCACGCUUGGCAGCCCAGAAACCAUUUCUGCUAGAAAUCGCCAAAUGUUAGCAAAAGAGAAGUUAUCUACCUGCGAAAAAGUUAGUAAAUCUCCCCUAUUAGGAAGAUCGAAGGCCCAGCUGUCCCCUUCUAGCAAGCGCAAGAGGGAAGCCAGCCCCCCCGGAGCCCGAACCAGAGGCCAGCAGAGGGUGGAAGAAGCCCCUUCAAAGAAGGCCAAGCGGUAAUCCUGGCCUCCACUGCCCCUGGCUUGUCGGGGACACAGCCGAGAGAAGAGAAUCAAGCCUUGGGGCCAUAAGCUUUUUUUUUUUUCUUUUAACCAGGGAAAGGACAUGCAUGUGCUCUUAAGUUCCUAGGUGCAAGCUUUUUCUUGUUCUGUUUAAACAGCUUUAUAAACUAUUGUUCAUAGAAGAUAUUAUGUACAUUUAUUUCAGAUAAAGGAAAAUAAGUUUACUUUGUAUCUGAACUCAAAACAAAGUAGUUGUAUAUUUUAACAUUUGAAAUCGGGAUUUCCCGAUGUGACACAUCACUAAUGCAAACCCUUCCAGCCCAUCAGACACCAGGCUGCCUACUGGUAAUCUGUGUACAGUAUAUAAACAUGUAAAAAUAGGUUGUAUUUUACUCUAUGUAUGAUGCUAAUCAAUGAACACUUUAUUUAUUUUACAGAGAAAACUUAUCUGUGAACUUUACUAUAUAUCUGUUUAUUUUAUUUUAUUAUUUUUUUUUUAUAAAAAAGGGGUUUUAAAUGCUAUGCAGUCAUUAGUAGAAAUGUUUUAGGAUGCUGCCUGCCUUGUAACUCUCUGAAUAUGAUCUGGCAGGAAAUACAGAACCUUCUCGCAUGUAUCCAAGUGAAGUAGUUUAGCUCAAGAAAGGGUCUGCAUUGCUUCUCUGUUCACAUUUGUGACUGUUUUUAAGAAUGUAACUUGUUUUUAGAUAUGCUCGCAUCUGUGACUUUACUUCCAGCCCCACUGGCGUGAGAGGUUCUGGUUCAGGUAAAGUUACAUCCUGUCACCUGCAGCAAACAUGCCUCUGUCACUGUUCGUUCCUCCCCUCUGUCCUCUUCCGAGGCUUCUGCCUGUUCUCCUUCCAUACUGUCCUUUUCAGUGAAGGGAAACACAUCGAGAUUAGGUCACUCCUGUCUUAUCAAGCUUCAGGAUUUUAUGUUGUUUUAUACGCAGUUAUUUUCAGACAGAAACUGGCUUUAUUGCCAGAUUCUUUUUUAAACAUGUUUUAACUCCCAUAUGAACAAACUGUCCAGCUUAAGUUUUUCAUAAAAUUAAAUUUUUCUUAAGAUCAAAUUUGUCUCUAGCAAUGAUGUGAUGAGUUGCCAAAUAAUUGAGAUUAUUUUAAAAUGUUUUGUUCAUAUUGUUUUAUAAUUAAAAUUUACAUCCAGUGUGUGUGUAUUUUUUUUUGACUCUUAAUGUAAGGUGGAUAUUUCUGUCAUUUUACAUGGUUUCUUACAAGAUUUUAUAUAUAAAUUAUAAAAU